AUAGUAUCUUCCGCAGUCGUCGUGUGUGGGCUCCUGAUAGUGCAUAUUACAGGCAGCGUAGUCCCCAGCAGGCAGUUCCCGGCUGGGCAGCAGUAACCACGCGCAGAAAUAUAUUUGUCCAGGUCGUAAUUUGAAGUUUUAAAAAGGCUGUUACCAACAGUAAGAAGCAAUGAGUAUAACUCCCCCUUUUCAGAAAUAGCUAUGAUGAAAUUGCUUGUUUCCGAAGGAAGUUGUUUGGGCAAUAAUAGUUUAGCAACCGUGAGUGAAGACGUGUGCAGCUGUCAGAGGAUAGGCAUGAUGAGCGUGAGAAGAUAGCUUGUUCAACUUGAAACAUAUAAAUAAAAUAAAAUAAACUGAACAAAACCAAACUUAUUGCAAAAUAUUGAAAAUGCAACAAUAAAGAUUUUCUUAACUUAUUAUAAAGGAGAAAAUAAAGAUCACAGCACAAUCGAACUGCAAAAAUGAAAUUUAAAAGCAGUGGAGACGUAAACGUGCAGUCAAAUGCAGAUGUUAAGAAAGGCAAACGGCUGCAGGAGAAGGUCCCUGACGGCGUGGGCGAAGGGCGGAGAGCCAAGGCCGAUAGAGAGGGUCCCAGCGGCGCGGUCGAGGAGCCAAGGGUGUUCCCUCUAAUUCCCGAAGAAGACGAAGAAGACGAGGCAGAGGACAACCUGCACGCGCCAGAGGAAGUGAAAGUGGUGCCCGACGGAGGCUGGGGAUGGCUGGUGGCCCUCGGGAGCUUCAUAAUCAUGACUCUGGUGCUGCAGCUGAGUCCGUGCUUCGGCAUCCUGUUCUCGCGGUACCUGCUGGAUCUGGGCGCCUCCUCCAUCACCACGGCCUGGAUCUUCAACAUCGAGUGCUUCCUGCUCUACGCCAUGGGCAUGAUCGUGAGUCCGCUGAGCAAGGAGUUCGGCUGGCAGAGCGUGGGCAUCCUGGGCUGCGCCCUCACCUCCCUCUCCAUCAUCAUCUCCGCCUUCUCUCCGUCGGCGGAGUUCCUCUUCUUCUCCUUCUCGCUGCUGAGCGGUAUCGGAAGCGGCCUGGCAGUGUGUAUGUGCUUCAUCAUCGUGCCGGUGUACUUCGACCGCAGGCGUGGCAUCGCGAAUGCAAUAAUGAUGGCAGGCAUAUGCAUGGGCGAGAUCAUAGGCCCCCCGUUUAUAAGAUAUCUUCAAGACGAAUACAGCUUCAAAGGAGCAACUUUAAUACUGGGAGGAGUUAUCCUGAACGGCUGUGUCGGAGCAGCGUUCUUUCACCCCGUGGAGUGGCACAUGAAGACCGUCUCGGAAACGCCGAAAGGAAGUGAAGAGGAAGAGGAAGAGGAAGGCGCGUCGACAAACAGAUCCAUUGCCCGCGCCUACAACAGAGUCACUUCCACUUCCUCCUUAGGAAUCAGGGCCACGUACUCGGAUUUGCUCAGCAUGAGGAAGGUGGCGUCUGGCGCUUCCUUGGCCUUCUCCAAGACGUACUCCGGCAUAUCCCUGAGGGGCAUCAGUGAGGACCUGGAGGAGGAGAGCGGCCCCAUCCACCCCCAGGUCAGGAGGACCGCGAGGCACCGCUACAUAAGCGAAUGCUCCUACGACUCGGUUCCCUCCUUCUACAACUCCACUCUGUCCAUCUCGUCCAUGGCGCUCGCCAACCACGCCGCCAUCUCUGCCAUGAGGGAGCGAGAGAAGCCCCUGGAGACCACCGAAGCCGGCGGCAAGAAAGGCGGCGACACUCAGCUGCAUCGCUUGCUGAGCAGCAUCGUUGCAGAUGUUAAGAUUCUUACUUAUUCCUUGCGCGCAGUCAUCAUAUCACUUGCGAGCUCAUUCUAUGCAAACGGCUAUUUGAAUUUCAUAAUGAUGGUGCCCUUUUCAAUGCAAGCAUCAGGUUAUACGCUCCAAGAUUCUACUUACUGCCUCUCCGUGGCUGCCAUUUGCAACUUGAUAUCACGCUUAUCGAUGUCGCUGCUCUCUGACUGGCCGUGGUUCAACAUGAGGCUGUGGUAUCUGGGCGGCCACGUCGUUCUCGGGGGCGCGAUGGCAGCGUUCCCUCUGCUGCCGAGCCUGACGUGGAUGGUGGUGGCCAUGGGCAUGCUGGGCCUGGGCAUCGGGUCCAGCAUGAGUCUCAACACGCUCAUCAUCAUCAACAUCAUGGGCCUCGAGAACCUGGCGCCGGUCUUCGGGGCUUCCUCCCUCACCGUCGGCGUCGGCUUCGUCGCCCUCGGCCCCGUCAUCGGGUCCAUCCGCGACGCCACAGACAGCUACCUGGUGAGCAUGUGGAUCUGCGCCGGGAUGAUCAGCUUCAGCGGCAUCCUGUGGUUCUUCAUGCCGGCCGCCGUGAAGUACGAUGCCGAGAGGGAUAAGCGGAAGGGCCGGGAUGGGGAGGAGGUGUAGCGGAGUGUCUCUGAAGGGCCGGGAUGGCGAGGAGGUGUAGCGGAGUGUCUCUGAAGGGCCGGGAUGGC